AUGAACGUACUCAGCCAAAUCGACGAUUGCUUUACGAAUUAUAUAAAAAUUCAUGGCGCGCAGGAGGUGGACUCCUACUGGGAUGAGGGAAUUGUGGUGAACAAGUACAUCGAAUUGGGAAAUGGGCACGAAAAAAAGGUGAAAACCCCCAAUGCUACGAAACAGCAUGGUGAAGAGGCCAAUCAGGAAGAUGCCCCGCCUGCGCAAAAAUCAAAGUGUGGUAGCGAAGAGUGUCCCAAUUUGUGUAAGUCAAUUUUGAAAAAGGAAAACCUCUUCACUUGCAAUGACGUGGUUGAAGGGUGCGUGUGCCUAAACACGCUCGAUAAUAUAGCGGACCUUAAGGACACAACCCUAGUCAGAUGGACAUGCAUGGUGCAGCAGAUAAUUUCUCCCGAAAGCUACGUAGGAAUUUACAAAUUAAGAAAUAAAAAAAACGGAGAAAUAAUUUUGAAGAGCUCAAAAUAUAGGGAUUACAUCGAUACGGAUGAUGAGAACUGGGAGAUAAUGGAGGACAACGAAAAAAAGAACGUGGGAGAAUAUUACUAUAUAAAUUAUGAGCAAUACUGCAAGGUGGCGGAUGAUGAUAAGAGAAACGAGCAGGACACACACCACACGAGCUGGAACAACCUUACCGAUGAGGCUAAUCCUAACCUGAGCAAUAAAUCAACUCCCGCUGCAGCAGGAACGAGCACCAAACAAAUAGACAAAAAAGCGUGCCCAAAACAUUACGAUCAGACAAAAAAAGAAGAUCAUACUGUGCUAAAUAAGCAGAAUGAUGACAUACCUUUUUGCGAAAGUGAUAAUAAUUUUAAAAAGUAUUGGAAAAGAUAUUUAUUUCUCUGCACCAAUGUCCCGGGAAAUAAAAGCACUUGGGUGAAACAACUGUGUGAUUACUCUUCUUACUACAGCAAUUGCGAGAAUUUUUUAAAAAACGAAACCGUGAAAGGUAGCAAUGUGUGCGAGGGGAAGUAUACGCCCCUUUCGAGUUGCUCCACUGAAGAGGAGGGCAAUGCUAAAGGUGGAUGUGUCUCCACGGAUGAUGUGCGUCUCUCGCGAGAAACGAUCUGCAGUAGUGAGUUUCAGCCCGAGGAGUGGACAACAGAGGGUCACGCAACUGGCCACACAACCUGUUUUUCAAAGGAUACCACCAUUAGUAACGCCCCCCCAAACGAUGCACGACAGAGGAGACCCCCCAGUGAAAGGGAAAAGAAGAACAAAGUCAGGUGUAUCAUAAAAAUAUACGACGAUAAUAGCCAGUACAAUGGCAAAAACGAAAACGACUUCCUAAAGCUGAAUGACGUUAUUGAAGUCAUCGGAAUAUAUCGCAAGCAUCAAAUAAAACACUUUGAAAAUUGUGAAAAAAAUUUGAAUUUUUAUUUUUAUUAUGAUCAAAAUUUUUUACAAUAUCCUUGCAUUCAUGCUUUUCGAUACAUCAAGGUCAAGCGCUUUAAUCCGUUAAGUAGAUGUAUAUUAUUCAAAAAUGAAUUGUGCGACAUUUUGCAGAGUGGUCCUUUCAGCACCAUCGAUGAGCUCAGGAAACAUCUCCUCAUGUACAUCUCGAACAGCUUUUCUCACGACUUGCUGGUUGCUCAUUAUUUCUUCUUUUACUUGUGCGGAAGUUACAUUGAGGAAAGCAAACUCAAGCUGGGAAAAGUCAGUCUAAACAUUUUUAACAUAUCCAUGGACGAGGAAAAGUGUGCUUCCAGCACGGAGACCACCAUUAAGGAAAAACAGCAAAAUAGUGACGAGAAGGAUAAAGAAGUCUCACCAAAGGAACCGCUUCAAAAGGGGGAAAAUACUUCAAAAAUGAUGGAUGCACAUAAAGAUGUGCAAAAUAAAUCAUACCCAAGUCACGCCACCCAAAUGAACAACAUGAUUAAAAAUUUAGUUCCACUGUAUAGGUAUAUUCCCCUCUGUCUAAAAAAAUUAAGCAGCCAAUAUUUAGUAUCCGUAAUGAAUCACCAAAAUGGAGAAUUAAAAAAAGGGAAACUCCAAUUGGCAAAUAAUACCUACGUGGUUUUUGACGAAUGUGUGUUAGAAGAAGGCAAACUUAACACCGUUAGCACUAAAAAUUUCCUCUGCAUAGAAAGGCUAAUUACGUCACAAGAAAUACCAUUCAUCUUUAACACGGACAUUAAUUUCGAAACGCAAAAUAACGUUUUAAUUUUGUCCAAGAAAAGGUCCAUGUUUGUAAAUUAUGUGGAUAUCCCUAUCCCUGUUUGUCACCAAAGGGGGAAGGGCCUCGGGGGCGUAGGUCACAGUGGUGUCAUCACCUCGGCCGUCAAAGAGGAGCAGUCGGGAUUGAGCAAAAUGGACGAGGGGCAGAAUGUAGGAAAAAUAGGAAAGAAGGACGAAGAAGGUGCACAUGGAGAUGCGAAAAACACCUACAAGGAAAACGAAUCUGAGAAGAACUCCUCCCCCGCGUUCUGCGCCGAAUUCGUCAACACCUGUAAAAAUUACCACCCCAAGGAAGAUGAACUAAUGCAAUUUAGAAGGUACAUAAAUUAUAUACUCUCAAAAAGCCACUCUGCCAAAAUCCAUUCAGAUGUAACGACAUACAUCACAGACUCUUUUGUGUCUCUGCGACAAACCUGCAAAGAUGUGAACCAGUUUGUUUUAAACUCAUGGAUUUGCAUGUCUCGAAUUUGGGCCUUUUCAGAGGGGUGCGACGAAAUAAGUAAGGGUUACUGGGAUUAUAUCAUGAAACUUGAGGCUGCAAGGCGCUUGCGGCUCAGCCACUUAGACGAGCUUUACAUUUGA